AUGUCUGAUAGAGAAGCAUUGAAGAUAUUUUCAAGACAACCAGUCAACUUGGAUAUGAUUAAUUUCCUUGUAUCAACCACAAAUUCAAUAAUACAAGUUAAACCACAACAGCAACUCCCAUCACCUGCAUCAUCGACGCUGCUGUUGCUGAUGAAUGGUACAUCAGAAAUUGUAUCCAUCAACCCACCAAUCACUUUAACUCAAUUUAUCAAGAAUUUAAUCAAAUACUCCAAUGUUCAAACUCCGACCCUUAUGGCUACUUUGGUGUAUUUGAACAAAUUGCGCAACUAUUUGCCAGCUAAUGCCGUAGGUAUGGAAACCACCAGACACCGUAUCUUUUUAUCCGCAUUGAUUGUUGCUGCAAAAUCACUAAAUGACAGUUCACCAUUGAAUAAACACUGGACCAAAUAUACUGAUGGAUUAAUGUCUUUACAAGAUGUUAAUUUAGCUGAACGUGAAUUAAUUUCAAUAUUGAAUUGGAAUAUCACCAUUACUCAAGAAGAAUUGAUUUAUACUUUACAACCAUUCUUGAUUGGUAUCAAAUCAUGUUUGUUACAACAACAAGAAUUGGAAUCAGUUCAAAGAAUCAAGUAUUACCGCUUGACGCAGAAGAAGUCCACCAAUUCAAUAUUAUCGUUGGGUUCAAGAAGCUCAACUCCAACUGUGGAAUCACCUCCAGUUUCUUCAACUUCACUUUCAUCUUCAUUAUACUCAUCAUCUUCAUCUUCUUCUUCAAAUUACUCAUUGCAUAAUGGUGUAUCUGCUUCAUCAUCAAUCGCAUCAAACUUGUCUCAAUAUGAAGAUGUUUCACCACCUCAAUACACUUACAAGUCAAAUCAACAACAUCAACAGCAUCAUAAUCAUCAUCACAAGCUUCCAUUAUCUUCAACAUCCGAUAAUAACUUGAAUACCCUAAAACAACCAUCAGCCCAAAGUCAUAAUCAAAUGAUGCCGCUGCAAAUUCCAAUCUCCAAAUCAUCCAAGUUUGGUGGCCAAAAGGAUAAAAAUCAGUACUUGGCUCCAAUUAUUAAAAAGAAGAGAUCCAUGAUGAGCUUAUUGACUUCUUCAGGUAAAGUUGUCGCAUAA